AUUCCAGAUGAAUUCAGCGCUUUGCUGAGAGAUGAAUCUUGUUUCUCUCAAUAUAAUUAAAUAAAUAAAUUGUUUUAAAAAUUUAAUAAAUAAAAUGUUAAAUAAGUUUUAAAAAUUUUAAACAUUAUAAUUAUUAGUAGUAUUUUUGCUAUUUUAAUUAGUAAAAUGUGAAUAUCGUGAGGGUGUUUUUAGUGAAGCAACAAUUAAUAGCUAAUUUUUUUUUUUUUAAUUUAAUUAACAUGGCAACUGGUGAUUGUUAAACCUGAAAUAAUAUAAUUCAAGUUUAUAUAUAUUUUUUAAAUUUUUUUUUAAAACACAUGCACUAAAACCUCGUGUUAUUAUUGUUGACUAAAGUGCCAUUAGUAUCAUCAAUCAUUAGGACGAAAAUUCAGAAAUGAAAGCUGAAAAUUUUUUUAAAUAUGUUGUGGGUGAGAUUGGAAUAAUUAAUUUUCUAUCAAGGCUUGUUUUGUGGACUUAAGAGGAUACUUGAGUCUAGAAACAAGUGCAUCAUCUAAACGAAAAAAAAAAAAAUAAUAAAAUAAUAUAUAGUAAAGAAAAGGGAAAUUAAAUUUUAAAAAUGGGAUCAUUACCAAAUCUUCAUGAGCUUUCUAGAGAUAAAUUAGAUAGUCCAGUUCAUAGACCAGCACCAAUUGGUGGCUAUGGACCAGUUAGAUUACCACCACAACCACCACUACUUGCACAUACAAAUAGACGAGCUAGAAGUAGUGGUCAUCAUCAUGCAUUGUGGCAUGAUAAUGAUGCAAUGCUUGAGCACAUGACAGCAUACUCACCAAUAUCAUGUCGUUCAGCAAGAGCAUCAGUGUUACCAUGUCGUCGACGUGAAUCAAUGACAUCAUCAGCUGGUGCAUCAUCAGUACGUAGAUUAAUUGCUGCUGUUAGAACAACACCAUCAGGACCAAGACCACCUAAAAAAAUUAUAAUUCGUCAUUGUGCUGCAUUAUUAUUAGGACACAUGACAAUAUCAGCAGCAUCAUUACCAUUAUUUCCACUUCAAGCUGGGCUAUUUGCAUUUAAUUAUCAUCUUGGUCCAUUAUUACCAGCAACACUUUAUGCAACAGCAACAUUAACAUCUUGUUUUUCACCAAUAAUUGUACAAAAAAUUGGCACAAAUUUAGCUGUUAUUAUUGGUCAUCUUGUAACAACAAUAUUUGUUGGUACACAUUUUUAUCCAAAGUGGUAUAUUUUAUUACCUAGUUAUGCAUUACUUGGUAUUUGUACUAGUCCAAGUAUCAUUGCAAGAACAUCACAUGUUAAUAUUUCAGCAACAAAUCUUAAUGUUGUUUGUAUGGAUAUUGAAGAUCCUGAUGAAACAAGAAGAGAUUGUAUUUUAAGGCGGAUUAAUAGAGCCUUGAAACUUGCUGAAGAUAUGGGUCUAGCUAUUGGUUGCUUGAUAGCUGUAAUUGUCGUUAAAAUGAUUGAUUCACCAUCAACAAGACUUGCCGAGGACGAAAUUGAAUAUACAUGUGGUGCUGAAUAUUGUCCUGAAGAAUUAUAUUUUUAUAAUGAAACACAAUUAUCAUUAAAUUUAACAACUGGUACAUCAAAGUUAUUAAUAAGUAUUUAUCUUGGUCUUGGUAUACUUGCAUUUGGUAUAUCAUGUGCAUUUCUUGAUUCACGUUUAAAAGAACCUAAAAAUAUUAAUGAUAAAUUAACAAUUGAUGCACAUAUUAAAUCAAUAAAACAAUCAUUUCAAGAUCCAAAAUUACAAUUAGCAACACCACUUGCAUUAUUUGUUGGUCUUGAACAAGGUUUUAUCAUUGGUGAUUACACUGAGGCAUAUGUAGCUUGUGCAUUGGGUGGAGCAUUAACAGUAGCUUUGAGUUUUUUAAGUUUUGCUCUACUCCAAGGAGUUGCUGGUGUGACAUUAUCAAUGCUUCUAAGACACAUUAGACGUUAUUUUGUGGUUGCAGUGGGACUUGCCUUUCAUACUUGUUUGUUACUUGCACUGGUAACUUGGCGACCAACUGGUGAUGAUCCAGCUUUAUUUAAUGUUAUUUCUGCUGCUUGGGGUGUUUGCAAUGCCAUUUGGGAGUCACUAAUUUACACUCUGUUGAUGGGUUUGUAUCCAUGCAGUUGGCAAGGACCACUUGCAACUUCAUUAUUUUGGAAAUGGCUUGGGCUAUUUUUAUCAUUUGGUCUUCAUGGUCUUGUUUGUACACGUUUACGUGUUCUUGGUUUAGCAAGUAUGCUGAUAUUAUCAGUUGUACCAUAUACAUGGCUUGAAAUUAAAUUAGCUAAACGUGGUAAAUGUAUUGGAUCAUUGUGACCAAUUAAUGAGCGUAAUACAAAUGAACGGAUUAAUAGUAAAGGCAAAAUUAAUCAUGGUUCAAUAAGUACCAUUGAACGUGACAGGUUUCGUUUGAUUCAAUGAUAAAAUUUCGAAAACGUGCAUCACGUUUUAUGCUGGAAGAGCAUUUUUGUGAUUAACAAACAUUUGAAAAUUGUUUUACAGCAAGUAAUCAUUGGUGAAAUUAAAUCAUCAUGUUUAUUUUGAAUAUUUUGAAUCAGAUGAAAACAGAAUAUUUAAAAAUAAAAAUUUUAAACAUGUUUGAUCAAUGUUUAACUUCCUGAUCAUGGGAUUUUUAUUUUUAACUCAAUUAUUUUGAAAAUAUAUUUUGAGUGUUGACUAUAAUGUGGAGUAUAAAUUAUAAUUAAUUAAAUAUAGAAAAAAUAAAUGAGCAGGACUCGAAGAUGGAAAACAAAGUUACAAAUUAUAUGAAUGUUUUUAUGAAUGGUGAUAUUUGUAUGAUUGUUUAAUUAAAUUUUAAUAUCAGUUGAUAAAUAAAUUAUUAAAAAUAUUUGAAAAAAUAAAUAUAACAAAUUGAAAAAUAAUAAUUUGCACGUGUUAUAUUUUUCAAGCUUUAGACACUGCCUAAUGAGAUAAUUCGAUUUUAAUUAAAAAUUUUAAAAAUUCACGAAAAAAAAUUUAAAAAAAUAUCUUUGUAAUUAAAUUGCACCGAAGAAAUUGAAAAUAAUAAAAAAAAAAAAGUAUUUAAAAUAUAUUUUUAAAACUUGGGCAGUUGAAUAUUUUUGAAAGUUGAUUAAUUAAAAAAUCUUUAGACGGAAAUUUUUAAUUAACAUUCAAUUAAGUGUAGAAUUAUGCAAUUAUAAGGCAUUUUAAAAUCACUAAAGUUUUAAAUGAAGAAAAUUAAUUUAUCGAAAGAAAAAGUGGAAAAUUUAAAAUUCCUACAUAUCAGUGAUAUUUCAGGAAAAUUAUAAAAAAAGUUGUUAAUCAUAUCCCCGUGUUGAUCAUUAAUAUCCUCAAAAUAAAAUGUUAAAAAUAAAAAAAACAUAUUUAUAUUCUUAAAAAAAAGAUAAUUGUAUUAAUGUUAUCAAAAAAAAAAAAAAAAUGAUAAAGCUGUUGGUGAAAAAUCAAAUGAGUUGAUAUUUGUAAAUAACACAUUUAAUUUAUAUUUUAAACGGAAAAAAAAAUUCGAAAUAAUAAUGAUUGAUUUAUUUUUUUUUUCUAUUGGCAAUUUUAUGAAAUUAAAAAUUAUUAAUUUGUAUUUUUUUAAUCACCAAUCGUCAAGUAAAAAAAUACAGUUAUAAAAAUAAUGUAUUAAAAAUAUUCAGCAAUUAUAAUAAAUGAUUUUAUUUUUUAACGAAAACAAUCAGCAAGAAUAAUUUUAAUAACAUUAAAAAUUGACGAAAAUAUUGCUCCAAUCAGGUGAAUAAUGUCACGAUAUUAAAAUCAUUAUUUUCAUUUGAAAAAAAAAUAUAAAUUUCGAGUAUUAAAAACGAAUAUCAACUCUGAAAAUCAAACGAGUGAACGCGGCUGUGUGAUAAUUAAUUAUUAUCUAAUUAAAUGUAAUGUAUAGAUGGUUUGAGUGUCAACUAAUCGAAUGAAUAAUGUUUUUAAAAAUCAAAGAUAUAUAAAAAUAAAAAAUAAAAAAUCUCAAAAUAAAAUUUUGCCUUGAUGUAAUUGGCGAAAUAAAUAUUAAAUAUAUGCUCACGAAAAAUGCGACAAAGUCGAAUAAGUAUAUGGCUCAUGCCAAUUCUUUUUGCAAUUAUGAUAUAAAGAAAAAAAUUUAUUAAUUUGUACGUUGUAAUAUUCAAAAAUUAUUAUUGUACAAUGUUAAUUAAAAAAAAAGAAAAAGAUAUAUCUAUGAUUCAUUGUAUUUCACGAAUUAUAUAUUAAUAAAUAUCAAACUUAUUUUAUAUGAA